UAAAAAAUGCACUGACUAAUUACUUCUGAUAUAACUCAGUAAACACGAGCAGUAAAAAACAAAUGCGAAGAAUAUUCCCAACAUGAAUAUUUCAAGAUGAUCAUCUUAUAAACAUACAUUUAUGUAAAGAUUUGUAAAAUAAUUUUAUCUUUUUUCUUGUAGAAAUGGAUCAUUAAGAGAAAACUGAUUUGUGCAAGGUCAACAGUGAUUUGAAAGGAGGUUUUUAAACCAUAUAUAGAGAAAUGACACUAUUUCAAGUCACUGACGCCACCUGUAUGUUCUUGUCUCCAUUUCUAGUGACUGGAGUGUUGAGCAAACACAUCGAUCACAGAAACCUGUUCACACAGAGGAUAUGCUGCAAGAGACAGAGCCACUUUGUGUACAUUGGACAAGACAUCUCUGGGAGUCCUGUCAGCGUAGACGUGGGAAUGUGCAGGUCACACUGUGGGCGGACAACAAGAUCAUCACAUGAAGCGGGGCAGCAGGACUACUCCAAACAUUCCUCAAUGCUGGAAUUCCUCAGGAGCAAAAAGGCGAGGACGCGAGGACCCGCUGCCCCAGAGAGCUCGGAGCCGCUGAACCAGGUGCCCUCCUGCGGCAUGAACCAGGUGUGCGAGCCGACGGGGACGCGCGUAGACCGGGUGCUGCUGUUCGAGGGACCCCGGGAGGUGGAGGUCAUCGAGGAGUGCCACUGCGAGGUCAAGAUGACGCAGUGCAUCCGCGUCCCCGCGCUGAAGACGUAUUACGCAGAAACACCGUACGAGACGGUCAUCGACGUGGGAGGAUGCUCCCGGUCCAAAGGCUCCCCAGAGGGAUUCUCAUGUGUCCCCACUAAAUUUGACUCAGCCUUGGUGGAAACCCCCAAUAAAGUGGAUGUGAUCCAGACCGUGGUGGAUUGCGAGCUGAAGGAGAGUUGCUACAGGAUCCCGUAUGUGGAGUAUUACUACGAAACAGUCCUCCACGCAGACGGCGUCAAGGAGGAGAGACUCAAAGAAAUAGACGUGGGUAGAUGCUUGGGAGGCUGCACUACAGGAAACCGAUGCCUUCUCAGAAGUCCAACUGAUCCAAAAACCUGCCACUUGUGGUCUGAACGACAGUCCAGUUCCUGCGUUCCUCAGGGCUACGAGAGCCACAGCUUCCUCAACCAGCACGGACAGAUCCGAACCAUCCUCUCCAUCUCUUCCUGCCUCUGUCAAAACUAAACACUGCGCCCUCUGCUGGAGCGGGAGCUUCCAAACAUUUCCAGGGACUCUCAAAGGUUUGGCCCACGCUAGCUGCUAGCUGCAGGACACUGAUGACCAAAUGCAACAUUUUUUUUAAAGACUUUCCUACCCUAAAGUAUUAUUGUAUUA